ACGAGAUUGCAUUUCCCAAAUUUUACACAUCUCUGAAGAUGAAGCCAGAUGCCAACAAGUUCCGGUUUCAAUAAAGGGUACCCUGAUAGAGGAAAUCACACCAGCUCACUAUGUUGGUAUAUUCCCAAAGCCAACAAAAAUAUCUACUGAAUGUUCCACUCCCGGAAUGCAGGAAUUGCACGGCACCUACCUUAUAGAAGUGCCUCCAGGAUGCGGAUUUGAGACACCUGAAGCCAACUACAUCAAUUCCAAGGGCUUCACAUACGAGCAGCCCCUAGCCUUGCCAAAAGUCCGAACAAUUUCAAUACCACAUGAGAAGAAGAUGCUACCUAUCCAGCUAGAAAAAAUCCCCUUAGAUGAACUUCACAAAAUUCACGAACAAAGCCUAUUGCAACCCCUAGGUUUUGAGGAUAUUCCAGUCGAUAGUACACACUUUUGGACUACCCCUGUAUUCAUAAUUGCUACAGCGGUAAUUGGAAUUUUGGUAUUCAAAUUCCGUCACACCCUACGAUGCCAGAGGAUCUCUGAAACACCACCAGUACCAGCUACCAGGACUCAAGUUUUAUUCCACCCUCAUAAAACUUCUUCAGGGGAUGGAGAAGUUACAAUCUGAAUCCACGGAGAAUCGACAAGGUUCAUGAUGGGUCAGCGAUACUCGACACCGCUGACGAAGAUGAACUUGCAUUUUUAUUCCUAUGAGAAUUUUCAUUUUUAUAUUCAGUCUGACUUGAUACAUCCUUAUUGUAACACGUGUUUUUGAAUAAAAUAAACUUUUUAAAAACUUAUUUUUCGAAAACCAACUC